UAAACCUCUCCACAAACUUUCCCCAUAACUGUGGUGGAUUAUGCAAUUCUGUCUUCUAUAAAGCUGUAUGAAGAGAGUUAUCUAUUUACAGUAAAGUUUGUGGAUUAAAGAGAACAGAAGAGAACAUUCCUUUCAGUUACCUCACCAAUUUAAGAUAGAAGUGUGUGAAUUAGUAUCAGUGCAACUUUCUAGGUGCCUCUUCAGAAAAGCCUCUUUCCUGACCUCAAGUUAUGGGACGAAAAGUGGCCAUUAUUGGGGCAGGAGUGAGUGGGCUGGCCUCUAUCAAGUGCUGCCUAGAGGAAGGACUGGAGCCUACCUGCUUUGAAAAAAAUGAAGCCAUUGGAGGACUUUGGCAAUUCACAGACAUUCCUGAAAAGGGAAGGACCAGUGUUUACAGAUCUGUGGUGAGCAACACGUCCAAGGAAAUGACCUGCUUCAGUGACUUCCCAUUUCCAGAAAGCUAUCCUAACUAUCUACAUCACUCCUUAGUCCUGGAGUACCUCAAGGAUUAUGCUAAACAUUUUCACCUACUGGACUGCAUACAAUUUAAGACUAAGGUAUACAGCGUCAGAAAACAUCCAGAUUUCACAACUACUGGACAGUGGGUGGUCUACACAGAGGCUAACGGAAAACAGGCAUCAACUGUCUUUGAUGCAGUCAUGAUUUGCAGUGGCCAUUAUGCAGAAGUUAAUCUGCCCUUAGCUUCUUUUCCUGGAUUGGAAAACUUUAAAGGUCAUUACAUGCAUAGCUGGGAAUACAGAGAUGCAAAAGGGAUGGAGGGUAAAAAAGUUCUGAUACUUGGUGCUGGGAAUACCGGAGGAGAUGUUGCUGUGGAAAUGAGCCGCACAGCUGCCAAGGUCUUUCUCAGCACCAGAAAUGGAGCCUGGGUAAUAAGUCGGAUGUCAAAAGCUGGCUGGCCUAACGAUAUGGUCUUCCAAACUCGAUUUAUAUUCUACAUUCAAAAACUUCUUCCUAUCAGCAUUAGGGACAAGUUAUUGGCAAAUAAAUUCAAUCAAUGGUUUAACCAUAAGAAUUAUGGAUUAAUCCCUAUUAAAAGUUCAUUGUCAAACAUCAUUGUAAAUGACGAACUGCCCAUCUGCAUCCUCUAUGGUUCAGUGGUUGUAAAGCCAAAUGUGAAGAGGUUUACUGAGACUUCUGCCAUAUUUGAAGAUGGAACUGUAGAAGAAAAUAUAGAUGUGGUCAUUUUUACUACAGGCUAUGCUGCUUCAUUUCCUUUCCUGGAAGAAUCUCUUCACAAUGCUUGCAAAAGUAGUACAUUCCUUUAUAAACAAGUAUUCCUUCCUCACUUGCAGAAGCCCACACUUGCCUUCAUAGGUUUUAUAUCAGUAACGGGAUCUAUUUUACCACCAGUGGAACUUCAGGCUCGCUGGGUUACAAGAGUGUUUAAUGGAUCUAAUGAGUUGCCUCCAGUGAACAGAAUGAUGAAUGAAAUUGCUAAGCAGAAGAAAAGACUCCUUAAAAAGGAUACUUCCAGCACAGAGAAAAAAAGAGAAUUAUUUGUUCGCUACAUGGAUGAAAUUGCUGCUUGCAUAGGGGUUAAGCCCAAUGUGCCAUUACUUUUACUACAGGACCCCAAACUAGCUUUGAACAUCUUCUUUGGUCCUUGUACCUCUUACCAGUAUCGCCUUUGUGGACCUGGACAGUGGAAGGAAGCUAGAAAUGCAAUUCUGACCCAGUGGGACCGUGUUCUCAAGCCCCUGAAGACUCGGAUCAUAGAUGAUUCUUUUUCAAAACAUACCAUGCCAUCCCUUUGGAAAAAAAUAUUUCACUUCACUGCAUUCCUUGGAACUACUAUAUUCAUAUAUAUUCUUUUGUACUCAUUUUGUACCAGAUAAGGAAAACACCUAGGUAUCAUGUGUGUAUAUAUUACACACACACACACAUUCAAUAGGGGUGUAUACAUCUUAGAACUUCAUUUCAUUAUUUUAUAGCAGGAAUAAAAAGUAAUCAGGCAUCAAAGAAGCAUACAAAAUGCAUCUAUAUUCUGGACUUGGAAAAAUAAUCUUGUAAUAUUCAUUUUGUUUAGAAAUAUUUAUGUCCAGUAUUUACUGACAUGUUCACCCCAUAAAAUCUGAGUAAUUGUUUCACAGAUUAUGCAGAAUAGCACCUUGACUUUAUGUGAAAUUGCAAGUUUUUUAUUCUUACUUUUCCACAAUCUUCCCCAUUUUCAUCAGAUUCGGGCAACUUGUAGACAAUUGCUCUAUAAUCCUUCCUUAUUGACUGAUCGUUUUUUCAAUAUUGCUUUCUAAGCUGUAUCAAUUAUUUUAAAAUUAAAAUGUAAUAAAGUAUAUAGCUUAAAAUGUUCCAAGCAAACUGUAAUCAAAAAUAAACAUUUACAUUCACUAAAUGUAUUGUUAUCACCCACGUAUCUCUACAAAAUAAAUACCAUGUGAG